CAGAUCUUUUCAUAACUCGUUUUGGAUGAAUUUAAAUAUGACUGCAAAGUAGUUUGAAGUAUAGUUCUACUAUUUUGCGAAUAGGUAUUCGAAAUGAGAACAACAAAAAAUGGGUGAACUGGCUGUUAUAGCUAAUAGUAAUAAUUCGAGUCAAAGCCUGUGUGAUAUGCGAAUGUAUUCGUUAACCUGCAGAUACUUUAAAAAGCGUAGUAGGCUGUGAUCCAGCGCGUAUCUGCUACCAUAUACUUGACACAAUCUGUACUGUCCUUUUUCCAAUUGUUAUAUAUUGAUAAAAUGGAACACUAUCUUCUGUAAACAAUCUUGAUUUCUGAUUGAACAGUUCGAAAAGUAAGUUAUGGAUCACUGUGAAAAAGUAUCCAGAAAGAAGAAUCCCAGGGAAAAUGCGAAUUUUCUGUCGUUGAUUAUUUUUGGAUACACAGGAACACUUUUCGCAAAAGGAUUAAAAAAGGACUUAGAUGAUGACGAUCUGUACGAAGUGGUAAAAUGCUGCCAAUCAAAAAAAUGUGCAGACAGGCUAGAACAUGCCUACAAAGCAGGUGAUAAUAAGAAGAAACACAACGUUUAUAGAAUCCUCUGGAACACAUAUGGAAUUAGAUAUAUCAUGCUGGGGUUAUUCAACCUUAUUUGGAAACUAUUCGUCAGCAUCAUGGAGCCAGAAGCGGUAUCGAAACUAGUCGCCUACUUUGAAAAUAGCAAGAAGAUGACUUUCCAUGACGCUGUCUACUACGCAGGGAUUUUGGUGGCUAUCAAAUUCCUCCAUUGCUUUUAUUUCCAAAAUUAUAUGGUUUACCUUAGUCAGCUGGCAAUCCAAAUUCGGUCAUCAUUUUGUUCUCUAAUUUACAGAAAAGCUUUAAAGCUAAGUCCUGCUGCUCAAACCGAGACAAGCUUAGGCCAAGUUGUGACUGUUAUGACCAAAGAUGUGUCACAAUUUGAACAUGCGAUAUGGCUGUUCAACGACCUUUGGAUAGCUGUAGUUCAGACGAUUGUUGUAUGUAAUUUGAUAUACAGUAGAAUAGGGUGGUCAAGUAUGUUAGGAGUUUCCAUACUGUUGGCUACAGUACCAGUACAAGCUUUUAUGAGUAAGUGGUUGAAGAAACUAAGGAUCAAGAUUAAUAAGAAAACCGAUGAAAGGUUACAAGCAACGCAAGAAGCAUUAUCUACAAUAAAAAUAAUCAAAAUGUAUACAUGGGAAAAAGUAUUUGAGGACGGUAUUAGCCAUACAAGAAGCAAAGAAAUGAGAUCGAUGCUCAAAACCUUCUACUCCAAAAUGAUGAUGAUGGUGUCUAGCUCCCUAGUUGCAAAACUAGGCUUCUACGCCUUAAUGAUGUUAUACAUUCAUCUGACAGUCAACGCUAGUGCCCAGACUAUCUUCUAUGUGAUGAGAUGCUUCGACACACUACGGUACAGUCUAGCGGUCUCGUUGUCAUGGGGCUUCGCGAGGAUGGCAGAGCUGGGAGCGUCUUUGACAAGGAUCAACAAUAUUCUCAACGCUGAGGAGCUACAGGAUAUGCACCAUGUGGAUAAGCCUGAUGAUGAUCCACAGAUUGAGUUAAGAAACAUUUCGGUGUCGAUCAAGGAUAAGGAAAUCCUUCACAAUUUAGACACAAAAAUGAACGUGGGCUUAAAUAUCGUCACUGGCCAACUAGGAUCGGGCAAAAGUUCCAUGAUAAAAACAAUUCUAAAAGAAUAUCCAAUAAGCAGUGGUGAACUCAGAAUAAGAGGAAGGAAAAGUUACGCGUCUCAAGAUCCAUGGCUGUUUCCCUCUUCAAUAAGGCAAAAUAUUUUGUUUGGAGAAAAAUACGACCAAGAGAGGUACAUGCAAGUUAUUAAAGUAUGUGCACUAGAGUACGACUUCAAAAUAUUAGACAAAGGCGAUGAAACCAUAGUCGCAGAUCGUGGAUUAAAUCUAAGCAAAGGCCAGCAAGCAAGAAUCAAUCUGGCAAGAGCAGUAUAUAAAGACAGUGACAUCUACCUGAUCGACGAUGCUCUUACGGCACUCGACCCAAAAGUCCAGGAGCAGAUCUUUUCAGAAUGUAUUUUGGGAUUCUUGAAGGGAAAACUUGUUGUUCUGGUUACGCAUAACGCCAAACACAUAACAAGUGCUGAGAAGGUGAUAGUAUUGAAAGAUGGAGCGAUAACUUUCGACGGAAAACAUCAAGAACUCACUAGGGACAUCUUGGAAGCAAUUGAAGACGAAGAAAUUCAUGGUGAUGAGACUAUUACCAAAGACGAAGAAGUUGAAAACCUUGAUGAGAAAUCUAAGCUGUUAGCAACACCACUAAAGAGGGUUCAUGUUUAUCAUGAGGUGAAAAAACAGGGUGGCGUUGGUUGGGAUAUCUACAAGCAGUAUUUCAGAUUUGGUGGCGGAAUUUGUUUCGUUUCUUUCAUCGUUUUACUGUAUUUCGGCGCCACUUUUGCUGAAAGCGCUUCUGCGAAGAUGUUGACGAAUUGGAUAAAUGCACAGGACAAGCUGACAGGAGUAAGAAGAAACUACACCUUGGUAUCCAAUAUGACGCAGGAAUCUCCAGACCAACUCGCGUUGACUCUCGGGAAAAUGGGCAUAAAUGUAUCAAUUGCAACAUACCUCAACGAAUCGAUGGAAAAGAUUGAUCGCCUAGAAAUCCAAUCUGCCAAAUCGAUUAAUUUUUACACAAUUCUGUUGGUGUCAGGUACAUUAUGCGAGUUGAUCAAAUACUACAUGAUCUUCAAGUUUGCGCUAAAUGCCUCUUUCAACUUGCACAAGGCGAUGAUCCAUAGUAUAGUGAAUGCUAUUAUGUCAUUUUUUGAUACAUAUUUCAUCGGGAAUAUAUUGAACAGGUUUUCUCAGGAUUUGGCUGUGAUUGACGAGCAUUUUCCUUUUGUGUUGACCCACUUCAUAACGACCUUGUUUCACGUAGCUGGUAUGAUAGGUCUCAUAGCGUCAGUCAACUGGAAAUUCGUAAUACCAUCAAUAAUUCUUAUUAUAUGUUUGGUUAUAAUGAGAUUCCUUUACAUUCCUACAUCUAGGAGCUUGAAAAGACUUGAAGCUGCAACUCGUAGUCCAAUGGUUGGACACUUGAAUUCUUCAAUCGAAGGUAUUACAACGAUACGUGCAUAUAAGGCUCAAGACAUUUUGUGCGAUGAAUUUGACAGACAUCAGGAUUUGUAUACUUCUGCUAACUACACGUCCUUGGUCACCAAGAGAGCUUUUGGAUUUUAUAUGGACUUCUUUGCUGCUGGUUUCAUAACUCUUAUUAUUGGAAGAUUUCUGAUUUUCGACAUGGACACCGCAGCUGGAGACGUUGGUCUUACAAUCAGCAAAGCGACGUCACUGGCCAUGAUUAUCCAGAUGGCGCUCAUGCAGUGGGCAGAAAUCGAGAAUCUCAUGACCUCCGUGGAACGAGUACUCGAAUAUACAAAGCUGGAGGUCGAGAAUAAGAGUGGUCUCGAAAUCGACAACUGGCCCAACAAAGGCGAGAUCACUUACGUAAAUGUUAACCUGAACUACGCUAAAACUAAGGAGAGGGUGUUGAAGAAUAUCAGUUUUAGUGUCAAGUCGAAGCAGAAAAUCGGCAUCGUUGGAAGGACUGGGGCAGGGAAGUCCAGUAUCAUAGCAACUUUGUUCAGGUUAUACAAUUUUGAAGGUCAGAUCUACAUCGACGACGUAGAGACGAAGACGCUAGCUCUGAAAUUCCUCAGACAGCACAUUUCAAUCAUUCCUCAAGAUCCUAUAAUGUUUUCUGGUACAAUUCGCGCUAACAUUGAUCCGUUGGGCGAAUUUACAGAUGAAGAAAUUUGGAAAACUCUUCACAAAGUCCACCUGGAUGCUUACAUUCCUGAACUUGAAUGUAGGAUGGAGGACACCAAUUUUAGCACUGGGCAGAGGCAACUGAUUUGUUUAGCAAGAGCCAUCAUAAGGAAAAACAGAAUCGUAGUUUUAGACGAAGCUACUGCGAAUAUGGACCCAGAAACAGAAUUUUUAAUACAAAAGACAAUAGUUGAGAACUUUUCUUCUGCGACAGUAUUCAUAAUAGCCCACAGACUACAGUCAAUUUUAGACUGUCACAAGGUAAUGGUUAUGGAUAAAGGGGAAAUAAUCGAGUUUGAAGAUCCACUAGUGUUGAUGGAAGACAAAAAUAGUGUGUUCACUCAAAUGUUAAAAAAUGCAGGUUUGGAUGUAACAAAGACAUCAGAUGAAAAAAAGGAAGCAAAUUGAAACCAUAGUUUCUAAAACAAGUGCACAUCGAAUAAAAAUAUUGAAGUUACAUUGUUAGAUCUGGGAAAGCAAUAAAUACAUUUUAAUAAAGAAAAUAAUACAAGAAUUAACAGUUUUGUCCCAAUAUCAAAAAUGUUUUGUGCAGGUUGAAUAUUAUUGCUUUUACAGAUAUUCUGAAGAGUCUGUCAGUUUUUAUACACUUCCUUGUAUUUAUUGAACAUUUUUGAUUAAUUAUUGUGUCAAAUAUUGUACAAAGAAAUAAAACAACAGUAUUUUAUUAAAUAAAUAUAUUUUAU